AUGUUACUACCUUCGUCUCUACUCCUCCUCCUGCUGGGCCUCCUCUCAUGGAGUCCCUGUGCCUCGUGUGCUAAAGUGAUCGUUGUCCCACCCAUCAUGUUUGAAUCUCACCUCUACAUCUUCAAGACUCUGGCCACGGCUCUGCAGCAGGAAGGCCAUGAGAGCCAUUUACUAGUUUCUGAAGGUCGUGAGGUUCCCCCAUCUCCUCACUACCAAUUACAGCGCUAUCCAGGGAUCUUUAACAGCAGCACGGCUGACAGUUUCCUCCAGUCCAAGGUCACUAACAUCUUCUCGGGCCGUCUGACGUUUCUGGAACUGUUUGACAUUCUUGACAACUACUCUCAGAACUGUGAUGCUGUAGUUGGCAAUGCUGAGGUGAUGAAGCGGCUCAAGGAGGCCAAGUUUGACCUGCUGCUGGUGGACCCUACUGACUUGUGUGGUUGUGUGAUUGCUCAUAUCCUGGGCGUGCAGUAUGCUAUGUUCAGCACAACUCUGUGGUACCCCGCUGAGGUCGGGGCCCCGGCCCCUCUAUCGUACGUCCCUGAAUUCAACUCGCUGAUGACCGACCGCAUGUCUCUGCUGCAGAGGAUCACAAACACAGCCGUUUACCUGGUGCAGCGCUUUGGAGUCCAUUAUAUUGUAUUUUCCAAGUAUGACCAGAUAAUGAAGAAGCAUGGGGUGACGCCUCAAGUAGCCAUGGCCGACUUGGUGCAGGGCAGCCAGCUGUGGAUGCUGUGCACUGACAUGGCGCUGGAAUUCCCCAGGCCCACCCUGCCACAUGUGGUGUACAUAGGAGGCAUCCUCACCCAGCCCCCCAACCCACUGCCACAGGAUUUCGAGGCGUGGGUCAAUGACACAGCGGAGCAUGGCUUUGUGGUCGUGUCGUUUGGAGCUGGAGUCAAGUACCUAUCCCAUGACAUCGCUCACAAACUGGCAGGAGCCCUCGCCAGGCUGCCCCAGCGUGUCGUCUGGAGAUUCUCUGGAGUUCCGCCAAGUAACCUUGGCAACAACACCAAGCUUGUGGACUGGAUGCCUCAGAACGACUUAUUGGGCCACGCCAACACAAGGGCGUUCCUGAGCCACGGCGGCCUGAACAGCAUCUACGAAGCCAUGUACCACGGGGUGCCGGUGGUGGGUGUGCCCCUGUUCGGAGACCACUAUGACACCAUGAUUCGUGUGGCAGCCAAAGGUAUGGGUGUCAUGCUACACUGGAAGUACAUGACCGAGGAAGACCUCUACACAGCUUUGAACAGCGUCAUCAAAGAAACCAGGUAUCGCCAGCAAGCCCGUCUUCUCUCUAACAUUCACAAAGACCAGCCAGGCCACCCCUUGACCAGAGCAGCCUACUGGAUCAGCUACCUCAUCCGUCACAACGGUGCCAGCCACCUGCGCUCCGCCGUGUACGAGGUGUCCCCCUACCAGUACUUCCUGCUGGACGUGAUCGUCACCGUAGCAGCUGCCUUGGCUCUGAGCGUCUACGCCCUCAAGAAGUUGGCACGGUUGUUGAGAGGGAAAAUGGAGGACCAGGGCAGAGGAGCAGGUAACACCAGGGAUGAUGCUAACAUGGCCAACGGACAUUGCCAUAAGGAGAGCAUGGCCAACGGGAAACACAAACGCAAUGGCUCCUUGAAAACCAAGAAGAAGAUGAAUUAA